AUGAACUCAUCAUCUAUUACCACGACCACCGCCACACUGGAAGGUCUACCUGCUGAGCUCUUGCUCAAGAUCAUCCAAGUAAUGUCCUUUCAAACCGCUACCCGGCUUGCACGCACGAAUAAAGCUAUGUACACAACCUUGAUUCAAGAAAUUUAUAAAAGAACACAGAGUCAAGGGUGGUUCCCGAUGGGGUGCGCAUGUGCUACCGGCAAUGUCGGUACGAUCACACGUUGCUUGGAAGCAGGCGCCCCGGUCGACGUCCAUAUCCCCCGUGACAUCGGGUCCCAUCGCUGGAGUGAUGAAAGCUACUACCUUGUGGGUGGCUGGCGCCCACUCAGGGAAUCCCUAUACAGGCUACGCGUCGAUACCGUCAAGUUUUUGCUGCUCAACGGGGCUAAUCCCAAUAACACAGCGGCUGAGGCACGAUCUACACAGGUCACAACCCCCCCUCUAGUCUAUGCGUACAGAAGAGGGCGUGAGAGCCGCAGGAACGUCGUCAAAGCGAGAGCCAUGUGCGUCUUGCUUCUUCUGGCCGGCGCUGAUAGACGCGUGCUUGACCCCGUGAAACAACUCGAGGUGCACAUUAUGUGCUGUGUGGAUCGCUGGGUUCCUGUCUCGUGGCGGCGGUAUCAGGGCGUAUGGUUGUUUUUCUACCUUGACUCGGUACUGGGCCAACCAUGGUCGUUUUUGUUUUCCAUUAUCAGUCUGGGCGAUGUAUUGGCAAAUGUAUUUUGUAAGAUACCAGAACCGGGAGUUUAG